UACCGGAACAUCCAAUCACGUUCACUGGUUUAAAGAAACAAAAGAUGAAGUAGGAGUCCGCGAGGAACAAAUAGCUUUUGAUGUUCAUGACGAUGACGAAGACAAUCGCGUCAUUCUGAUGGAAACUAUGUCGAUUCAGGUUAGAAAGACAACCUUGGGGGAUUCUGGGAUAUAUCGAUGUAAAAGCAUUGAGAAUGGAAGAAUCCAUGGUAUGUACGAUGUAGAAAUCAAAGAGGAAGAACCUGAUCAAAUCAACGAAGUAUUCAUCGCUGAGGGCGCACUGCCAUAUGAACCCGAACUCCGUGAGGGAACUGUGCUUUAUACCAAGUGGAGUGAAUGGAGUCCAUGCAGUCGUUGUGGGGAGAAAGGUGAAACGGUUCGAAUGGGCUACUGUUUUGUCGAAGUAUUUCUUCUUGAAUAUGCCGACGGAGUACCUUGUAAGUCGGAUAAGCUGUCACGUGAUCAGCUUACCCUUUUCUCUAGUAGGAAAGACGAACGAAUGGUGGAUGAAUGUCAUGAAUUGUGUGAAAAUCAACUGGAUAUCACUACCAUCGCCAUGGAAACACUGAUGACAAGGACUGUGAGGCGAAAUGUUGGAGAUAGGGUUAAAUUGGAAUGUCCAGGGGCGAAUGUUGACACUGCGAUCACGUGGAUGAAUGGAACCAUUCAGCUGAGGGCCUUUGACCUACAUCGUAUUGGUGGCCGAGUUCGUAUCGACGUUCUGAACAUAUUGCAUAUUCGUGACCUCGUGACAUACGACAGUGAGACUUACACCUGCUAUCAUGACAGGGAAAAGGCGGCAGAAUUCAAACUUGUUGUGACUACACCGUUCCUCAAGAAAGGUUCAUGGCAGUACUUUGCAUAUCUAUUUGCAUAUUUCAUAGUACUGACAACCAUUUUCAUCGUUGUCAUGGUGGUGAGACACCAUCGAAUGAUGCGAACAAGAUUCAAAUAACCUUAUAUCUAAAAUAUGAGUAAAUGAUUUCUGUCAAUAUAAAUCAUGUAAACAUGCAAUGUCACCUG